AAUGGAUCCAGUGUGAUGCAGGUGGACUCAUGGAGAAGGAGUUUGCGUAAAGCUUUCCCACUGGAUUACCUUUGGAGAUUAGUGAUGGGGAAUGCGGCCACAGGGGCCUUGGAGCAGGAACAGGCUGAGGGCCGUGAGGCCAAGAACUCAGUCGGUUCAGGUUCAGGGAUGAGUGACCCCACGCCAACUUUGCAGAAGAAGCAGCCGGCUCCCCCCAAACUGCCAAUGCCCCCAGAGGAGGAGCUGGAGGAGCGCUUCAACGUGGUGCUGAGCUACAUGAACCUGCCUCCAGAUAAACUGCAGCUACUGAGUCAAUAUGACAAUGACAAGAAGUGGGAGCUGGUCUGCGAUCAGGAGCGUUUCCAGGUGAAGAGUCCCCCAUCCACUUACCUGACCAAGAUCAGGAGCUUCUACCAGGAUCAGGGAGGGGUGUCCCGCAGGCUGAAGAAAAGGAUCCAAGAUGCAACUCAGGUUCUUAAGGAUUUGGAGAUUUCACUCCGCACCAAUCACAUUGGAUGGGCCGAAGAGUUUCUCGACGAGCAGAAUAAUGGUCUGGGUGUCCUGGUGGAGUAUCUGUCUCAUGCCCAAAGUGACGCCUCGUUCGAUGUGGAGAGCGUUGAAAAUGGCGGCACCCUGUCGGACAGAGGAAAGCCAGCAGAGAGGUCCAUGGAAGAUUUGACCAAGAGCUCCAGCGUCUCCCAUUCACAUGGGAUGACCAGAGCUGCCCGAGCGCUGACUGUGAGAAUAAGCUCCACUCUGGUGAACAAAAUGAACAAAAAGUCCCAUUCAUCCAACCAGAGAGAUGAUGUGCAUGUGUGCAUAAUGUGCUUGAGAGCCAUCAUGAACUACCAGUCCGGUUUCAACCAGGUGAUGACUCACCCCCGCUGCGUCAACGAGAUCACCCUCAGUCUCAACAGCAGGAAUCCCAGGACCAAAGCCCUGGUCCUGGAGCUGCUGGCGGCCGUGUGUCUCGUCAGAGGAGGACACGACAUCAUUCUCUCUGCUUUUGACAACUUCAAAGAGGUGAGCAAGGAGAGGAACCGCUUUGAGAAGCUGAUGGAGUACUUCAUCAACGACGACUGCAACAUUGACUUCAUGGUGGCGUGCAUGCAGUUCAUCAACAUCGUGGUGCAUUCGGUGGAGAACAUGAACUUCCGUGUGCAUCUGCAGUACGAGUUCACUCACCAUGGAUUGGACAAAUAUCUGGAGAGUCUGAAGCAAACCGAGAGCGAGAAGCUGCAGGUCCAGAUCCAGGCCUACCUGGACAACGUGUUGGAUGUGGGCGCCCUGCUGGAGGACGCUGAGAGCAGAGGAGGGGUUCUGGAGCAUGUGGACGAGCUGCAGGAACACAACGUCCAGCUGAGUACUCGGCUUCAGGAGAUCGAGAAUCAGACGACAGGCCGAUUGUCUGAACUUGAGACGCAGCUCAUGCAGGCGACCAAAGAGACGGAGCUGCUCAAAGAAAGCCUGCGGGAGUCCUGUUCACAGGUCAGUAGUCUGCAGCAGAGAGAAAGAGAGCGAGAGCUGGACCGCGAGAGGGAGAAAGACAGGGAGCGUCGGAGCUCCUCCACCCCUCAGACCGUCUCAGAGCUGGAGGAGAAGGUCCACGAGCUGCAGGAGAAGGGCCUGAUCCGACUGGGGCGCAGCGCCUCAGGAGGUCUGGACAUCCAGGUGGUGCCCGUCACUGUGGUCGAAUAUGUCCAGUCCCCCGACCAGAUCUCAGUCACUCAGCCCAGUGACUCAGUCGACUCAGCCCCCCCAGCGGCCGGCCUCCCUUCCUCUCCACCACCAGCACCUCCUCUUCCGCAGUUUGCCUCGCCUUCUAUUCCAGCGCCUCCCCCACCUGGUGCUGGACCACCACCCCCACCUCCCCCGCCUCCACCACCUGGUGUUGGACCGCCACCCCCGCCUCCCCCACCUGGUUCUGGACCACCAGCCCCGCCUCCCCCACCUGGUUCUGGACCACCACCUCCACCUCCGCCACCCGGUGUUGGAGGCGCACCUCCGCCUCCCCCGCCUGGUGGUGGAGCCCCGCCUCCUCCCGGAGCUCCAGACGCUCAAUCUGGGUUAAAGAGCAAGAAGCCCAUUCAGACCAAGUGCAGAAUGCCGCUAUUAAACUGGCAGCCCUUAAAGCCGAACCAGGUGUUGGGCACGGUCUUCAAUGAAAUAGAUGAUGAGCAGGUCUUAGAGGAGCUGAACAUGGACAUGUUUGAGGAAAUGUUCAAGACUCGGGCUCAGACUAAUCCGACAGACUUGUCCAAUGUGAAGAAGAAGUCGGUCAAGAAGGCCCCCAGCAAGACGUCCCUGCUUGAGAUCAACAAGGCCAAGAAUCUGGCAAUCACGUUACGCAAGGGAGGAAUGACUCCAGACAAAAUCUGCACCGCCAUCGACACGUACGACCAGGAGGCUUUAUCCCUAGACUUCCUGGAACUGCUCGAGCACUUCAUACCGUCAGACUUUGAGAUGAAGCUGCUGGUUAACUACGAGAAGGACGGCCGCCCGCUGGAGGAACUGGCCAACGAGGACCAGUUUAUGUUGCGCUUUGGGAAGAUUCCUCGUCUGAGCCAGCGGAUAAAAACCCUCACGUUCAUGGGCAAUUUCCCGGACACUGUCAAGCGCCUGCAGCCGCAACUAAACUCCAUCAUUUCUGCAUCCAUGUCAAUCAAGUCUUCAUUGAAGCUGAAAAAGAUUUUAGAAAUCGUCCUCGCCUUCGGUAACUAUAUGAACAGCAGUAAGAGAGGCGCGGUGUACGGUUUCCGGCUGCAGAGUCUGGACCUUCUGUUGGAGACCAAGUCGACUGACCGCUCGCAGACGCUGCUGCAUUUCAUCACCAACAUCAUCCAGGAUAAAUACCCCGACUUGGCUAACUUCCACACCGAGCUACACUUUCCAGACAAGGCAGCGCUUGUUUCCCUCGACGGCAUUCUUCAGGAUAUCCGCUCGUUAGAACGAGGAAUGGAGAUGACCAAGAAGGAGUUCCUGGUGCAGGAUGACAGCCCCGUGUUGAAGGAAUUCAUCAAGACAAACUGUGAGCAGCUGGAGUCUUUGAUCAAAGACAGCAAGACCGCCCAGGAGGCUUACGGCUCCGUGGUGGAGUAUUUCGGAGAGAACCCCAAAACAACGCAGCCUUCCAUGUUUUUCCCGACGUUUGUACGUCUCAUAAAAGCCUACAAGAGUGCGCAGCAAGAUAUUCAGCAGAAAAAGAAAAUGGAGACUGAGAGCCGUGAGGAAAAAGAAUCGCCAUCUCCAAACAAGGCAGGGAUGCAAAAGGGGCCUAUGAUGCCCAAGAUGCCCCAGAUGGACCUGAUAGCAGAGCUGAAGAAAAGGCAGGUGAAGCCGCAGGUCCGCGAAGGGAAGGACGGCGCUCUGGAGGACAUCAUCACAGAUUUGAGAAACACCCCAUACAGGCGGACAGAUGUUCGACGCCCAACGCAGCGUCAGGACACUUGAGCCACGUCGGAUGUGACUUAUAUGAAAUGUACCUUGAAUCCCAGUCAAGCAUACAGACAAAAUAACAAUGUUUUAACAGUUCUGUAAAUACAUUUAUAUCAAAGUUGCAUCAUGUCUUAUGACCAUUUGUUCUGUAAAUAGAGUUAUGUUGGAACUUUUUGAUAUUUUUUAGUGCAAAUCUUACAAAAUCUUCCAGUGAUGUUUCCUGUCUAACGAAAAAUCCAUGACUGUAUUUUAAAAUUAAACUUGUUAUAACCAUGA